AUGAGCGGCAAACGGACACCAGAAGAUUAUGUGUUUUUGGAAAGGUUAGGCCAGGGCUCUUAUUCUACAGUUUUCCGAGCUGUAGAGCGCAACAACAGUACUAAGAACUAUGCUGUGAAAGUGUGCUCCAAAAGACACAUCAUCCAGGAAAAAAAGGUGAAAUAUGUCACUAUUGAGAAGGACUUACUCAACAAAUUGGGACAAGGGGGUCAUCCAGGUAUUGUACGACUCUUCUGUACAUUUCACGACGCUGAAAACCUUUAUUUCGUGCUUGAAUAUGUCAGUGGAGGAGAACUACUGAAUCUGGUACGCAAGCAUGGACCAUUGCCUGAAGUAUGGUAUAAACAUUUAUUUGCACAGCUUGUGGAUACAGUGGAUUUUAUGCAUUCUCAUGGUGUGAUCCAUCGAGACCUAAAGCCCGAAAACGUGCUGCUAUCGCAUGAAGGGAGAAUCGUAAUAACAGAUUUCGGAGCAGCUUGCUCUAUAACUACAGCGGGACGAGAUCGGUCAGCCUCGUUUGUGGGUACUGCAGAAUAUGUUGCACCAGAAUUGCUGCUCUACAGCCAGUGUGGUUUAUCAUCUGAUAUCUGGGCCCUAGGCUGCAUUUUAUACCAAUUGACACAGGGAAUUCCACCAUUUAGAGGCGAAAACGAACUGCAAACUUUCGAGCAAAUUGUUCAUUUGGAUUACAAAUGGCGCGUAGUCACUCCACAGCAGGUCGUAACAUUAGUGCAGAGCAUUUUGGUGCUUGAUCCCCUUCUAAGACCCACCAGUAAGCAUUUGAAGCAGAAUCCAUGGUUAUCCGCAAUAAAUUGGGAGAACAAGUCAAGUCUAUGGAAGGGUAUCUGGGAACUACCAGAGAAAGUAAGAAAUAGACAAGGUCAUGCCCAAGAGCGUCCAGUCACUACAAACAAUGGGAUCAGACCGGCCAGGAAAAAACCGACACAAACAAGAAGCACAAGUGCGAUUGUGGAAUGGCGACAAAAACUGGGUCUCAAUUCACUGCCGUCUCCACCAUCUUCAACAGGAAAUACAAGGUCCACUCCAAAUAAUCAAGUGCAGCAGCCAAAACUAAGGAACAAACCACAGCGAGCCCAUUCUCAAGAUUCGUCUUCCACACCACCCAUAAGCACUACUCAUAUCAUUUCAGAUCUGCCCAUUUUAAAAAGAGAUGUUGUUCGCACCUUAGAGAUACCAUUUAACUCGGCACAGACCGCUUUAUCUUUUGAAAGCUUUUCCAGUGUUGACGAUUCUGCAAUCACAGAAUUUGUUACUAAUAACAAGAGUGCGAUAUUAAAUCGGUCAUCCACUUGUGCUAUGACUCUGGACGCCAAGGGCAAUCUAUCAUACCUUGACCAGAAUCGUACUGAAAAGCAUAUGAUCUCCAUUUCCGAUCCAGAGCUUUCCAUGUAUGAUUUUGAGUUUGACGAGGAUGCGAGAACAGGAUUUCUAAUUUUGGAGAAAUAUAAAUCUAAGCUUUGGUUCAUAGCCACAGCUGCGGUCGACAGCACGUCGUACCCUGAUGUUCGAACGUUCAAUAGCCAUAAAUCUUGGGUUGACAGUUUUUUCACCGCAAGAAACUUGACAGCCACGACAGAGAACAGAAGGCCGAGAUCUGCUCCCAACACAAACUCUCCCAGUGUACCGCGUAGUGCUCCGCAAGUAGCUACACCGAGGGUGAAACUUAAACCAAAGACUAAUACGAGCGGCUCAGCGACUAUGGUGGUGAGCUCAAGCAGAUAUGAGGUUCUGCACACAUUAUCCAAUUCAGGUAUGAAAGGCAGCGAUGCUAGCAGUGGUGCCAGCGCAGCUUUUCGAAGUCUCAAAAAAAAGUAG